AUGUCAUCUACAGCUAGCAAAGAUAAUAAUUCAUCUUCUGGUCAAGAUAAUAGUAGCAAUACGAAAAAAUCGAACAACAAUGAUAAUAAGAAAAAAAGUUAUUCUUCAAAAUUUAUGUCUAGUGGAAAAACGGGUACCGAUGAUCAACCAGUUGAUAAAACCUAUUAUAAUGUACUGGAUGUAACACCGACUGCCACGGCAGCUGAAAUAAAAAAAGCAUAUUAUUCAUUAUCAUUGCAAUACCAUCCAGAUAGAACUUCACAUCUGAAUGAAGUAGUUAGACGAGAAUAUUCGGAAAAAUUUAAAUUGAUUUCACAAGCGUACACAAUUUUGAGUGAUCCUGAAAAACGAUUAUUAUACAAUAAAUAUGGUCUCGAUGAACGAUCUACUGGUAUAAAUUCUCCGAUGCGUAUGGAAGAUUUUGAUGCUGAAGAAUUUUUUAAACUUAUGUUUGGUGGAGAACAAUUUACGAAAAUAAUUGGCGAUUUUGAGUUGGCGAAAUCGUUUAAGCAUGCUAUUUCAGAAAUAUUAUCGGCAGAAAAUCAAGAUCCUUCAACUGAAACAAAAGAAGCAAAACAACGUAAACGUCAGGAAUUUAUUGAUGAACGUACGGCAGCGAGAGAAGGACGUAUUAAAAUGUUAUCAGAAAAUCUUAUUUAUAGAUUAUCUAGUUAUACUGAAGCAUUUCCAUACAAUGAUAAUUCAAAGCAUAAUGAUGAAGUAGCAGCACAAGCAUUUAAGAGGUUUGUUCAUACCGUUAAGUCAGAAAUACCGAAUUUAUUAAAUGCUCCCUAUGGUGAAAAUUUGUUACAUUGUAUCGGUUACAUUUAUUCGUCAAAAGCCACUCAGUUUUUGGCAAAAAUGGAUUCUCAAGAGGGACAUUUCGGAAAACGUGUAGUAGCUGUUGGUAAAGGAAUAAAAGCAUCGUUGAAAGAACGUGCACAUGUUGUUAAAGAAACAGUUAAAACAGUUAAAUGUGCAGUGGAGUGGACACAGUCAAUGGGGAAAUUAGCACAAGCAGCUGAAGAGGAAGCUAAUGAAAAAGACGCAUCAAACACUGAUAAACAGACACCUUUUCAACAUCACUCUGGACACUUGGAAUAUGACGGAUACAUUCCUCCCUCAGAGCCAGCAAAUCACGGUACAUUGCCUUCCGAUGAAGUUGGUGCUGCUUCUUCUCAGCCACAGUACACUACAACAAGUACAGAAUCACCACACAGCAAAUUAAAAGUGGGCCGAUCAAGGCAUUCAUCCGUAAAAGUGAGUGCGCCAUUGACACCGGAAGAAAAACACAAACUAGAGUCUGAUACAGCAGCAAAAAGUAUGGAAGCUUUAUGGCGAGCAACAAAAUUGGAAAUAGAAUCAAUCCAACGAGAUGUGUGUGAAAAUGUAUUAGGCGAUUCAUUAGUGUCAAGAGAAACAAGACGUCGAAGAUGUGAUGCUUUAGCUAAAAUGGGAGAAUUGUGGGAAGAAGCUACUGAAUAG